CGUGGCUGUUUUGUGACUGGUGGAGGAAGGAAGGAUCCCUCUCAAGUGUUUCUGAUAUGACAGCUUUGGUUUCUGAAGAGUGGUAGUGGGCCCAUGAAAGACUGUGAAUACAGUCAGAUCAGCACACACAGCUCUUCGUCUCCCAUGGAGUCUCCCCAUAAGAAAAAGAAAUCAGUUCCCAAGAGAAAAUGGGAGGUUUUUCCUGGAAGAAACAAAUUCUUCUGCAAUGGGAGGAUCAUGAUGGCUCGACAGACUGGAGUCUUCUACCUGACUCUUGUUCUCAUCUUGGUCACCAGUGGACUCUUCUUUGCAUUUGAUUGCCCAUAUUUGUCAGAGAAGAUUACGCCUGCUAUACCUGCAAUUGGUGGGAUUCUUUUCUUUUUCGUGAUGGGGACCCUGCUGCGUACUAGUUUCAGUGACCCUGGUGUCCUCCCCCGCGCAACACCAGACGAGGCAGCAGAUCUAGAGAGACAAAUAGGUAACACCGAAGAUAUAGCAAAUGGCUGCAGUUCAGGAGGAUAUCGUCCCCCUCCCAGAACAAAAGAAGUGAUCAUCAAUGGACAGACAGUGAAACUAAAAUAUUGUUUUACUUGCAAGAUUUUCCGCCCACCUCGUGCCUCACAUUGCAGCCUUUGUGAUAACUGCGUAGAACGGUUUGAUCACCACUGUCCCUGGGUAGGCAACUGUGUGGGGAAAAGAAACUACAGAUUUUUUUAUAUGUUUAUUUUAUCUCUGUCCUUUCUGACAGUCUUUAUAUUUGCAUUCGUUAUCACCCACGUCAUCCUUCGUUCUCAACAAACAGGGUUCCUCAAUGCUCUGAAGGACAGUCCUGCAAGUGUGCUGGAAGCUGUGGUGUGUUUUUUCUCAGUAUGGUCCAUUGUUGGCCUCUCAGGUUUUCAUACGUAUUUGAUCAGCUCCAAUCAAACAACGAAUGAAGAUAUUAAAGGAUCAUGGUCAAAUAAAAGAGGUAAAGAAAACUAUAAUCCCUACAGUUAUGGCAACAUCUUUACUAAUUGCUGUGCUGCACUCUGUGGGCCCCUCUCUCCAAGCUUAAUUGACAGAAGAGGAUUUAUACAGCCGGAUACACCGCAAUUAGCAGGACCGUCAAAUGGCAUUACCAUGUACGGGGCCACACAAUCUCAGAGCAACAUGUGUGACCAAGAUCAGUGCAUUCAGAGCACUAAAUUCGUUUUGCAGGCUGCUGCCACCCCCCUCCUACAGAGCGAGCCAAGCAUAACUAGUGAAGAGCUCCCUUUACCGGGAAAGACUUCUCUCAGUGGGCCUUGUGCAACUCUGACUCUAGGGCAACCAACACCACCAUCUUCUAUGCCUAAUCUCACAUCAGAUUCAGGUUUGACAGACAUCAUACCAUUAAAAGAGGAGCACGAAGGCCAUCAGUUCCUCACUCCUGAAGAAGCUCCGUCGCCCCCCGGGAUGCUGCCGAGCGGGAGCCCUAUUGCACACAGCCGCACCAUGCACGUCCUGAGCCUAGCCAGCCAGGACUCCUUGCAUGAAGACUCGGUGCGCGGCCUCGUGAAGCUUAGCUCGGUUUGAACAGCUGUUCUGAACAUCACACCACGCCCUGGUGUCUAUACAGAUCUGUGCUCGGCAGGAAUGACGCUGCAGUACCACUGUAAGGCUUUGUAACAUGCCUGUAAUGGAAACUUUAUCACUUAAUGGAGUCUACUAAAAGGACAAGUUAUUUUUUUCAAUGGAGCUAUGGCAGUUUUUUGACCAGGUUGUUAACGGUUGUGCUUUGAUGGUGACUGCAUUUUAUUUUUAAAUAAAACCAGAAAAGGUCAAUAAUCUCAUUUCCUGAAGCUGGGGUACAGCAAGUUGGAAGCCAGCCUGUACCAAACACCAUGUACAGUACAAAAGAGAGAGAUUCUUGGAUGUAAGUGUCAUGCUCUGUGUUCUAUGCUCUUGUAAUACACACUUGUUACGGCUUACCACACCUGUGGCCAGAAUGAUCUGCACUUACGUGUUAUGCUACCAAUAUUUGAGAUAGAAAAUUGCCAUUCCAUUUGUUAAUACAAAACAAAACAAAAGACUGCAGAUGUGGAUUUGCAUGCCACGCUACAGUAUGUGUUACAGUGGUGUUGGUAUUAAGAGAAAGUGCUGCUUUUUUAUUUGUGACUUUCAAAGUGCUGUUUCGUUUAAAGACAGUACAGCAAACAAAUUAAUGGACUAUAUUUUUUGAAUUUAUUAAAUUUUAUUUUAAAUUAAUCAGUGGUGCCUAGAAGAUGAUGAAUUACUGAUUUGAUCAUGUUGCAUAUCAUUUAACCUUAUGUUUAAGUGUUUAAGUGAGGUAUUGUGUUGUGCCAUACCACAAGAUCCUUCCACUCCCUAAUGUGAUACAAUUACCUGUGGACCUCCAAUAAAAUGACAUCCUCUAUUCCA